CUGUUCCUAACACGCAGUAAGUCGUGCCCGUGUGUUUUCGAAUUUCACAAGAACUGUGCUACAAUUUCUAUCGACUUUUACUGAAAGAUUUAUUGCAAAUUAGAGAUGUCGCUGGUACGAAACUCAUCCAAAUUGCUGGUGUCUCAGCUGAAGCGUGUGCAGAGCGUCCCCGUGGCAUUGUAUCACGAAAAUGUCGUUGAACACUACGAGAACCCACGCAAUGUGGGAUCGUUGGACAAGAAGGACACCACUGUCGGCACCGGUCUGGUGGGAGCACCCGCUUGCGGCGAUGUUAUGAAACUGCAAAUCAAAGUAGAUGAUAAUGGAAAAAUCAUUGAUGCAAAGUUCAAGACAUUUGGCUGCGGCUCGGCAAUUGCCAGCAGUUCUUUGGCCACCGAAUGGGUCAAGGGCAAGUCCAUUGACGAAGCUGGUCAGCUGAAGAACACAGACAUUGCCAAGGAGCUGCGUCUGCCCCCCGUCAAGCUGCACUGCUCCAUGCUGGCUGAGGAUGCCAUCAAGGCCGCGUUGGCCGACUACAAGGUCAAGCAGCAGAAGAAGGCUGCCAACUAGAGAGCUUGUAAACCGAAUCUGUGAAUGUAGUCGGAGCGUAUUCAAUAGGAAACGUACAUAUAUAAAGGAACCACUACUAAAAACAAUUAUGAGUAAUCUACAAUACAAUACAAUAUAAUAUAGAGUAUUUUUGCAUUAGAUCAUAGUGUGAGGUGCUCUGUGAGUGAUUGGUCGAGUGACUGCUGAUAAGUGAAUAAGGAAGUAAAGGAUGCGUUGAGCGUUUGAAUGAUUGUCUAAGAGUGUGUUUUA